CCUCCACUGGAGUUACUCCUGGACUCGGUGCUGACUUUGGGUGCAGGCCUCCCUGUGAACCCAGCCGAGUUGGACUCCACCAUCCCGGCAGCCGCUGCUCCGCAGGCUCCUCCUGCCCCAACGAGCGCUGCUGCUGCCUCUGGCUCUCCACCUCCCCCCGCGGAGGCUCCUGCUGAGCCGGCUCGUCCUCAACCCGGGGACCCUUGGCUGUCUCAGGGUGCAAGGCCAAAGCGAGUGCCGUCUCCCACACUGGACUUCACUCCACACCCGAGGUUCAACAUACGGAGUUCCACCCCACGGUCCACAGCGGCUGUAAAGAGGAGGACCAGCCUGAAACCCCACUUCGAUCUCCAGCUGUCCUCAAGGUAUGAUGUGCUCAGUGUUGCAGAUUUUCCUCCGCUGCCAGGAAGGCUGGAUUCGGGCCCAGCUGAUGCCGGACGAAGUGCAGCCCCACCUCCGUCUGCAGCUGGGAAAGGGAGGAGGCACUGCUUCAAUAUUCAAAAACACACUGUGCCCAAAUGA